AUGCAAAGGGAAUUGGAAGACCUCAUAACAAAGCUCAAAACAAUGGCAAUAGUUGAUAAUCACGAGGACUACAACUAUUUAGUGUCGUGUACAGACAAGUACGACAACAAAGGAAAGAUAUUUGAGCUUCUGAGAAAUAGGAACAAUGCACCUGGGGAGAUGGCACCUCUACUGUUUACAUUCACAUCGAAGCUCGGGACGGAGUCUGACGAAGGUCUGCUUGUUCGAAUCAUUGACUUCAUCAGAGGAUGCAGAAGAGACUCGAGAGAGACCUCAGAAUGGAUGGUCAAGAUCCUAUUUUUGAUUCUGGAAAAAGUCAAAGAGAAAAGGAAGGAUUCUGCGAUAAGGCUAAGGCUUCUUGAAUGCAUUAGGAUUUACAGCCAGGACAUAGGAUUGGUCAACCACAUGAUCGAUCUUAUGUGUACGAAGAGUAGCUCCGAGAUUAUCGGGUCGAUACUUGAAUCCAUUCCCUCAGUAUCUCAUGAGUUUAUUGAAUGUGCCAUGAAGCAAGAUAAUCCAGCUCUGCUGAAAAACCUGUCUCUUGUUCUUCCUUCCUUAUCUGAAAAGGAUAUAAGUCUGUUUGUAAACUACGAGUCCUUUGAAGAAUUUCUUGAGUCUGAGCACUUUUUUAUGAGGAACUGCUUCCUGGAAAUAUGUGCAAACCUUGUAGAGCACUUUAAGAAGAAAGGAAUGGUUGAGAAGAUGAACGAUCUUAUAGGAAUGGUUGUAGAGAGGUUAUCUGACACAUAUUUCUUAACUCGGUAUAAGGCUCUUCAGGUUCUAGAAUGUCUCUUCCAAAGGAACUCAAUAGGCGUAGGAAGAAGACAUGAAAUCAUUCGGGAGAUUGGAGGUCGGGUUCUGGACAAAACGGUUGUCGUUCGAAAGAAGGCCAUAGGGAUUUGUUCUGGCUUACUUAUGAGCCAUCCCUUUGCAUCUGAAAAAAGUCUUGAAAAGAAGAAUUUCAAGCCAAGCGAGGAUGAAAACAACAGUAACUAUCCUGACAAUAAGAAAAAAGAGGUUGAAAGAAGGUAUCAUGAAGACUUGAAUGAGUUCCACGACAUCAUGAGGGAAAUACAGGACAAUGUCAUAAUUCUCCUGAAUGGAGAGACUAAAACAGAAAUUGCCGAAUGUGUUGAAUUUGUAAAGCUUUCCUUCUACUAUAAAAUAGAUGGGUCCAAAGAGGCAUUUGAAUCACUCUUUGAUCUUGUAUGGACCCAAGACCAGGAACUCUUGGUUCUGUCUUUCAAAGACCUUAUUAUGCAGAUGAAGAUGAGCAAGAUCAGCUUAUUUGGCUUCUUCAAGGAGUUUAUAAGGAAGGAAGGAAAUCAUUCGUUUGAAAGAAUGAUUAGAGAACUCAGUACAAGGAGGUAUAUAGAUAAGUCAUUUGUGGGGGAGCUAUACAAUACGUUUCUUCAAGGAGCUUAUCUCUUUGAAACCUCUUAUCUUUUAAGGCAUAUAGGAAGGCCUGUUCCGGUAGAUAUGUUCCACUCGUUGGCCCUGUCUAUCACAAAUCUUUUAUUCUCUAUCCAGGAGGAAAAGGAUUUGGUUGAGAUGCUGUCCGUGUACAAAAACAUAAUACAGAUCAAGAUACGGGAGAGGGUGGAAUUCGAUGGUGAGAUAAUAGAAAUGCUCAUUAAGAACCUUGUGAAGAUGACUUUCUUUGAACAUCAGGUAACCGAGAUAACUGUUUCUGUGAUAUAUUCAAUUAGCAGAUUUCCCGAGAAGAGCAUUAUCAUGCUACUUGAAAAGCUUUGUAUGAUGGAAAAAAGCAUGCUCAAGGUUAUUUCUGCAGUAGGAUAUAUUGGGCUGAAACACAUGAAGUAUCUAGAGGAGUUGGAAAGACUGGUGAAGUCCAACAGGAUAAAAGUCAAGGUGGAUAAAACAGUAAUUACUCCUGAGAUAGUGGAGAGGAGAAGAAGUAUAAAUGCAUCUAGACAGAGUAUUAGCACCAUUAUUGAAGAAGAAAGGGAUGGGAAUAGUACAAUUCUAAGCGACCCUGGGUUUAGCAAUAAUAUUUCCUCUAGGAUUGGAGACAAAAGUGAAGAGGAAAUCAUUGACUUUUUCUUCUACAUUAAGGAGAAAGAGAUGCUAUAUGGAAAAAGUAUUCUCUCUAUCUUCAAACGAAUUGUUGAAGAUGGAUGCCACUCCAAUGAUGAGGAGAUACAGGUUUGCUCGUAUGUUUCCCUUUACAGGCUCAUGUGCAUUAGCUUUGAAUUUUUUACCGAGCAUUACGAUGUCUUUGUCAGGUCUAUGAAUCAUCCGGUCUCUAGAGUUAGAGCAAAUGCUGUUGUUGCAAUGGGGGAUUUUCUGUUGAACUACAAUACCGUUGCAGAACAACAUACUUAUCUUUUGCUUGAAUCUCUUUCUGACGCAGAUGUAGAUGUUCGAAGAAAUGCUCUUCUUGUAAUUCACAAUCUGCUUAUGAAGAACAUCCUUAAAAUCAAGGGAUAUGGUUCCAAACUUGCAGUUCUUCUAAUCGAUGAGGAAACCGAAAUUCGAGAAAUGGCAGAACACCUUCUGGUGCAGAUAUCCAAGAAGGAGAAUAUGAUGUCUGUCCUUCUCUACGAGACAAUAACUGCAGGCAAUGACCAACUAUCUUCUGUUAUAGGAUUUUUUAGAGAUUUGGUAAGCGAAAAAGUCAAGGAGAGUUUAUUCUUGAAGGCCUUGAAGUCAAAGGUUGAACCAGAAACCUUGAGGCUUCUUCACAGUGCCUUUGAUUUGGAUGAAAAAAUGAUGGAGGUGGUUAGACUCCUCGACGGAUCUAAAUAA